AACAUCAUCGCGUAAUGAUCGGCGUGUGCCUUUAGUGAUUCAGUCAUAAAAUUUUAUUUCAAAUAUUAUAGAAUUUCAAUUGUGUUUUUUCUCUGUGUACAUAAAUAGAUUUUAUUAUAACGGUUUGAAUAACGGAAAAUAUUAUUAGAAAUAAUAUUUAAAGUUUAUAAUAAAUUUUUACAAAGCUUUUUUGUUGUUUAAAAAUACUUUACAAUGCACUACUAAAUUAUUUUUAAUUAAAAAAAAAAAAAUUUAUUAUUUAUUAAAAAAGAAUUCAAAUUUGAAAAGAAUUCGAAAAAAAAUAUUAAAAUAUUAAGGAAAAUAUUUAUUGAAAAUUAAAAAGAAAAAAAGAAAUUAAAUUUCGUGAGUUAUAAACAGGAUUUAUAAAACAAAUUAAAAAAAAAAUGGAAAAAAUUUGGCGAUUUAAAAAAGAUAAUAGCCUUAAUAGUAAUAAAACAAAUAAAGAAAUUUUACCAAAGCCAAAAUCGGAAAUAUUAGCUAUCGUUCCGGUUGAAUCUAAUGUUUGUAAUAAAAAUGGUAAAAAAUUAGUUUUGGAUUGUGUACGACUUGAGAGAAGAUUACAUAAAGAAUUAAUGUCAUUAAUAAAGGAGCCACCACCAGGGGUUAAAGUAGAUGCAGAUAGUAUUAGCGAAAAUCUUUCACAAUGGAAAAUCUAUAUGGAUGGUGUAGAUGGAACAUUGUAUGAAGGCGAACACUUUCAAUUAUUAUUUAAAUUUAAUAAUAAAUAUCCUUUUGAUUCGCCUGAAGUAACAUUUAUUGGACCUAAUAUUCCAGUUCAUCCGCAUGUGUAUUCAAAUGGUCAUAUAUGCCUAUCAAUACUGACCGAUGAUUGGUCACCAGCUCUUUCUGUGCAAUCUGUUUGUUUAAGCAUAGCAUCAAUGUUGAGUAGUUGUCGAGAAAAAAAGAGGCCUGCUGAUAAUACCUUAUAUGUUAAAACUUGCAAUAAAAAUCCGAAAAAAACAAAAUGGUGGUAUCAUGAUGACACUGUUUGAGAAAACGUUUUAGUAUCCAGUAAAAUUUCAAAAGAUGAUCAAUCUCGAAAAGCUGACAAAGAAAAUAUCAAAAAUAUUUAUAAAAACAUUUUACAUUUUUAAAAAAACACAUUUAAAAAAAAAUGCCAAGUAUAAAUACACAUCGUUCAAUUGUAGAUAAAAAAAAACAAUAAAAUGAAAAAAAAAGAAAAAAAAGUAAAUGAAAAAUAAUAUUUAUUUAAAAAAAAAAAGAAAUUAAUAUUUUUCAAUAUUAUGGUAAUAAUUGAUUUUUUGUAAUCAAAAUUAAUUAAGAAUAUUUAUUUUAAAUUAGUUUCGAUUGAUUUAAACAAUAUUUAAUAAAAACAAAAUGUAUAAAAAGAAAAGAAGCAUUAAUUUAGUUCAACCAACUAAAACAAGAAAUGAAAAUAUGAACAAAACAUGUAUUUUAAUAAUAUAAAUUUACUAGAAAAUCGAAAUGUUAAUUAAAAAAAAAAAAAAAAACAAAUAUAAAACAAAUCAAAAUGAAAAAAAAAAAUUAAUCCAAUGAUUAUAUGUGAUUUCAUUCAAACUCCUAGAAUUUAGAAUAAAAAAGGAGGUUUUCAUAAAUUCUAAUAUUAGAUAAAUAAUUAUAGUUAUAUAUAAACUAUUUAAUUGUUAAAUUUAUUUUAUUUUUCCCCUUACUUAUGUAAUUUAUCUAAUUUUUCGAAUAUUAAUUUUUAUUUAGAUUUGUUUGAUACUUGCCAUUUUUGCUUAAUUUAAAUUGUAAUUUUUAAAAGUUAAAUGAAAAGAUCAUCAAAAAAUUUUAUCAACAGUACUAAAAAAUAAAAAUAUAAAAUAUUUUAGUUUGAAUUCUAAAAAAAUACAUAAUAUUGAAACUAUAAAGCCUAUGCAAAUUUUAAAUUUCCAGAAACAGAAAUAAUUAAAUCAAUUUUAUAAGAGUAUAGAGUAGACAUUAGACCUAUUUUGCAAAAUGUUAUAUAAAAAAAAUCAAGUGUAUAUAAAUUUUUUAUUGGCAAUUUAUUAACAUUCCGAAAUGUAAUAUGAAAAAAUAUGAUAUUUUAAUUAUGAUCUCUUUUGAAAAUUAGAGAAAAAAAAGAAAAAUAGAAAACAAAUCAUAAUUUUUCUUUUUUAAUAUGUAUAGUAAAAAACAUAAUAAAACACACAAAAAAAAAAGGAUUUAAAAACAAAACAAUUCAUCGUCCAAAUUUAGCAUAAAACCUCAUUAAAAAAAACAAGAAAUGAAAAAGAAGUAAAUUUAAACUAUUAAUUUUAUUUCGAAUCAAUUUAUUAUAAUUAAUUUAUAUAACAAAUAUAAUUAAUACGAGAGAAAAAUAAUUUUGAAUGUUUAUUUUAUUUUCUUACGAUUUACUUAAUUUCAUUAGAAUAUUGUAGAAUGUAGAUGUAAUAAUAAUUAAAUACAUGCAUACUUACAUAAUAUAUUAUUAUUAUAAAAACAAAAAAUCAAAAUUAUGAAAUUUACGGAAAAUUCUAAAUUUUGUUUUUUUCAUUUUUAAUUUUUAUAUUCCCAUUGUGUUUUUUUUUUUUUAAAUAGAAUUAAUUAGGAAAAUAUUUAAUUAUAUGACAAAAAAAAUAUAAAUUUUUGGAAGUUAAUUAAAAAUUUAUAAAAUUGAUAAUAUGAUGAUGCAAUUUGUUACGUAUAAAAGUUAUCGUCAUAUUAAAAUUAAAACUAAAAAUUAAAUAUUAUAAUGAAGUGUAAUAUAAAAUAAAUGUCAUUAUUAAUGAUAAAUUUCAUGUACAACUUGGUUGUUUUCCUUUGAGUUUUUAUAAAAAAAAAAAGUAAAAUCAUUAAAAUUAUUUAGGUAUUUAAACUUAUCAUUUUAUAUAGUACUUAGUAAUAGUACAGUGGUAAGUACUCUAUUUCCUAAGGUAAAAUUCUUAGAGCAAAUCCAAAUUCUAAAUAAAAAAUUACUAAUAACAGCAAAAUGUUAACUAAAGUUUAUUGAUUGAGUAGCAAUUAUGAAUUUCUUAUGAAAGACACGUAAUGUUUUCUUUUACAUUCAUUCUAUGUUUCCUUAGAACUUAUAGUUUAUAGAUGAAAAGAAUUGUUUUAAACGGGUAUAGUAUACUAUAAUGUAUGUUAUAAACAAUUUGAUUUUAAGGAUCCUAAAUAAUGAUAUUUAAACAAACUGCUAUAUUUAAAUAAAGCAGUUUUUUAACAAUGCAAAAAGUCUAUAAACUUUAUUAAUAAAAUAUUUCUAAUUUAAUAAAACAUUAAAAUUACUUGUUUUAAUUUCGGAUAGUUGGUGAACAAAUUUUUGAGAACCGCUAAAAUUUAAAGCUAUAAUUUUUCUUGCUUAGAGUCACGUUAUUUUCUUUUCUAAUGCUAAAUUUUUCAUUUAGAUCAAAAACAAUAAUAAGAAGGUUUUUCAAUGGUCGAAUUUGAAUCGGGAAUAAAUUUAUGUAUCUCAAGAUAAUUCUGUUCUACAAAUCUCUUUAACUACCUUGAGCAAGCUACUACAAGCUUACAAUAUAAGUUGACUUUAUUAAUUUUCCUUGUCAGGCUUUCACUCCAAAACAGACAAUUUUCAAAAAAAAUAAGAUUAUUAUAAAAAAUUCGAACUUACUGUUUACAAAAUAUUAUUUUGUUUUUAUUUUUAUUAUAAAAAUAUUAAUUCAAAGGAAUUUUUUUUUUUAAAAAGCGAUAAAUGGCGAUGAAUUACAGUAAUAAUGGAUUAUUUAAAAAUUAAAAUUCUUAUCGAAUUAUUUUUUCUCACUUUGAUUAUAAAUAUGUACUGUAUCAUUCUACUAUUUAAAAUUAGUUAUAUAGAUGUGCGAAAUUAUUAAUUGUGUAAAAAUAAAUUAUAUAUUAUUGAUUUGAUUUUAAUAUACAAAAAAAAAACAUAAAAUGCAAAAUUUAAAACCAAAAUUUAAAUGAAUAAAGUGAAAAUAAACAUAAAAUAUAAGUUUAUAAAUGUAGUAUAUUGUUAAUAAUAAGAAAAUAAAACCAAUUUAAAAGUUA